GAGAACAAAGAAAUCACGGAGUAUAAAUACGCAGCAACACAUCUCUUAGACACUCCCUGACUGUGAGGCAAGUUGAGCGCAGCCUCCAUCCCAUCACGCCGGGAGGUGAAAUCUGCAGGUCCGGCUCAAAGCGAAGGAUGAUGCUGACUCCUAGGCUGCUGUCCAGCGCAUUAGCCUUGCUACUUUCCCUCUGUGCUCAUUCCCUUCCCGUACCCGAAGGGAAAGCAUCCAACAGGUACAAAGCUGCAGCGGGAUGGCUGGAGAAGCCCCAUCUGUACCCGGACAAAAAGCGGGGACGUCCCGUCCAUGCUCAGGACACAGUGAAGGAGGCCUUCGACAUGAAGGGGGUCCCCUCCGGAAAUGACUCUGAGCUGGGGAGGCGGCCCCGCUGCGGGGUGCCGGACUACACUGCGCGCGAGGUCCUUGAGGCGGUGGAGAAGGCGAGGGCCCACGGGAGGGGGCAGCGGCGACGGCAGCGGCGGUUUGUGCUCUUCGGGGGACGCUGGGACAAGACCAACCUCACCUACAAGAUCGUCCGCUUUCCCUGGCAGAUGAGUGAGGACAAGGUGCGGCGUGUCCUGCAGGAGGCGCUGCGCGUCUGGAGCGACGUCACCCCUCUCAACUUCAAAGAGGUCCACGGGGGCCGGGCUGACAUCAUAAUCGACUUCACAAGGUACUGGCAUGGAGACAGCCUGCCCUUCGAUGGGCCGGGGGGCAUCCUGGCCCACGCCUUCUUUCCCAGGACCCACCGCGAGGGCGACAUACACUUCGACUAUGACGAGAGCUGGACUGUAGGCAACAGCAUGGGAACGGACCUGCUCCAGGUGGCCGCCCACGAGUUCGGCCACGUUUUGGGCCUGCAGCACUCGCUGGAGCCCGGUUCCGUCAUGUCACCCUUCUACAGCUUCUCUUACCCCCUGGAGCUAAGCGACGAUGACAGACGAGGCAUCCAGUACCUGUAUGGCCCCCGGAAACCAUCCACCCCUCCGCCAGUCAUCCCGGAGACCAAUGAGAUCCAUAACAUUCCAGAUGCCUGCAGGACGGACUUCGACGCCGUGUCCAUGAUCCGCGGCGAGCUGUUCUUCUUCAAGUCCCGCUACGUGUGGCGCAUACGUGACGGGCGCUUGCAGGCGGGGUACCCUGCACUAGCCUCCCGCCACUGGAACGGCAUCCCCGAAAGUAUCGACGCUGCCUUCGAAGACAAGGCGGGGAACAUCUGGUUCUUUCGAGGUCACAGCUAUUGGGUGUAUGACGGCGAGCGGCGGAUAAAGGGACCGGACCCGGUGAGCAGCCUGGGCCUCCCCGUCUCCGACAUCCAGGCUGCUCUCAUGGGGGGUCGAGGCAAGGAGCAGAAGACCUACUUCUUCAAGGACGGCAGCUACUGGCAAUUUGACCCGCUGGGGAACCGGGUGGAGGAUGCCCAGCCACGCAGCCUGCAGGACUGGUGGGGCGUGCCCAGGAACAUCGACGCUGCCUUCCAGGAUCGAUACGGGUACGCUCACUUCCUCAGCGGAAAACAGUACUGGAAGGUGGACCCGAAGGAGGGCGGAGUUUUGGAGGGAUACCCCCGCAGCAUCGGCAUGGACUUCUUCGACUGUGCCUCGUCCACUUACUGAUGGCAUGGGCAUGGCGGGGGCCAAACCCAUGAAGCCCGGACACAGCACAGAUACCGCCGCCUUGGAAGCCUGGUCGCUAUACACUACGAGGGAUCUUUAACCCCUUCUACUCACGCCAGGACGAAGACUCAGCGUCUUACUGGGAAACAUAUUUAUAACUGGCGAAAAUUAAAGGCAGACCAGUGCCACCUCACAUCAGAGGUGCUGGAGUGUCCAGUAAAUGUGACGAAAGCCAUGAAAAUGGCAUUUUCAGAACAGGGGAGCGUGGGGGAGUUACAAAUGUUGUAUAUAUGGAAAGUGUAUGAAUAAUGUAUGUUUUGAGGCUGGUCAAACUUCGGGCUGUUUUUUUGAAAUAUUUAAACCUUUUAGGUCCCGUUUGAGCCAAGCAUUAUAAAUAUUUUGUGGCAGUGAACAUAGUGCUUCUGGUCAAAGCUUCGAUACCAGGUAUAUAAAAUGACCCAGGAACGUUAGUCGAAACAGAUUUUAUCUUUCAGGCAACAAAUAAAUAUGACUACAUUCUGAACUCCUCAGGGGAAUUUGGAUCCGGGUUCGGGUGCCUCUGUGCUGGUGUGCUGUUUCACCGCCAACUCCCCGACCACUACCAGAGCAGAUCAGGUGCUAACAUGCCUGUUUGAUGCAUAAAUCAUUUCUCGCUCCUAAUUUUGACAAAUUAAAAUAGCAAUCUGGUAAGUGUGAAUCUUGCAGUACCAGUGUCUCGCAUCCUGUUCGCUCUGUCUGUUGAUUAUACAGAACAACGGCUUGACAAUUAAAAAAGCUGAACUAUCUCAAACACACACUCCAGUGACAAUAGCAGAGCAGGUAACUGCUAAUUUAUCUUUGACUUUGUACAUCCCUUCUCAUUUACUGUCAAAUUUAUUUUAAACUACACUUUUUUUUCUCAUAAAGUAACAGCCUGAAACAUCACAAAAACGGUUCCAUACACUUUGAAAGAAUAUUUCUUUAAAACUUCAGCAUCAAAUUACUAAUUAGUACACCUUUUAAAUCAAUUCAUAUACUUUUGUUGAAGCAUUAAUUUUAAAUUUGGGAUUUCAACCCGAAGUGCCCAUUGAUUCCGGGAUAGGCUCCGGACCCCCCGCGACCCAGUAGGAUAAGCGGUUUGGAAAAUGGAUGGAUGGAUGGAUAGAUGGAACCCAGCAACCGCCAGCUCCUUAACCACACAACAGUUUUCAGCUAAUCAAACUUACGUGUGUCAGCUGAACUUCUUAAACUAAACUAAAGCAAAACAUUAUCCGUAGCAGUGGUUCCCAACCUGGUCCUCAGGGAUCCCAAUAGGGAUCCACGGUUUUCCUCCAUCUCAACUCAACUCAACAUUUUUGCUCCCUACCAGGAGCUCUGGUCCACAGACAAGUUCCUACAGGCAGUAAACAGAACGGACAAAUGUGUUAACAAAUGUCAGCAAAGCAGGUCAGUGCCUGGAUUACAGGAAGGCAACUCCAUGAGAUACUGAUUUUACAUCUGUAGCGUAACUGGAAAGAAUUAGGCUCCUGAAGUAUGACUGUCAAUUUAUCAUAAAUCGGGACAAAGCCAGUAGUAUUGCGUGUACUAAUUCAUUUAUUCGGAUUAAUGGCCGGUCUUAAAGUAGAGCUGUGUAACUGAUUGAUCGAUGAUGCUGUGAGUCAGUGCAGGCCACUGACAUCAUACAUUCCGUUGAUAUUCUGUCAUAACUGUGAUCCUUCGGUGUAAAUGACGUAAGUGGAGGGGGGGGGGGGGGGUCCUUGUCUUUUUUGUUCCGUACUGGUAGUUUUUACUCUGGACUUAUAUCCUUUGUGAAAGACAAGAUGUCAUGUACAACACUCAGUUACUGUAAUCUUACCUGUAUUUUUGUUAACCAUUCUGGUUUAUUAUACAUUGUUUAACCCAGUUAUCAUAUUUACUAUGUAAAUAAUGCACUACAACAUCAAUAUUUUUGGUACAAAUAAAGUUUUUCUUUAUA